AUGCAUACUGUUUAAUUAAUACAACCAUUAAGGUAAGUUUCACCACAAGCGAUAGAAGCUUUAAAAUCGUUAGAGUAAUUAUAAACUAUUUCAAAUACAAAAAUAGUUAAAAGAAUUACUACCACAUCUCCAAUCAAAUAAUUUUUCUUGAAUGGUAGAUAAUUAACAGUGUUUGGAAAUAAUAGUCAUACAAAAAUAAUUUAAUCACCAUCUUCUUAUUAACCUAUUCAUUAAACUGAUCGAGUAUAACCAUAACAUAAUAGAAAUAUUUCAUUUGAAAUGCAAAACUUUAAAAAGUAGGUCUAAGAUAAUAUAUUACUCUAAACUGUUAUUUCAAAAUAUGAAUCUUCUCCUAAAAUGAGUACUCCAGUUAAAAAUUCUGGAACUUAAACACCUACAAUGUUUAAUCGUAAUUCAUGCGAUAAUAUAAAUGUAUUAAAGGAAUAAAAUAAAUGUGAUUCAAUUGAAAAUAAGUCUCCAUAAGUAAAUUUGAUUCAAAAAAAGAAAUUAAUUUUAAAUCAAAUUUUACAACUAGAUAAUGAAAUUAAAUUAAUGUAAGAUGAAGAAGCUAAAAGAAAAUUAGACCCAUUAAGAUAAAAAACAUCAAAUUAAACAUCCAUAGCUCCAAUUUCAAUUAGAGAAUCAUUAGAAAAAUAAGCAAGUACUAGUACUUUUAUGUAAAAAUUAAAUGAAUGGAUGAAAAAAAAGAAAACUUCUCAUAUUGAUGAAAAAAUAGAAGAAUAAAAUAAUUCUAUUUUAAAUUCAGCUUCAAGGGAUGUAUGAUUAUGUAUAAUAUUUAGUAUACUUUUAAAGGAAAUUUAACAACUAAAGAACGUAAUUAUGAAUCAUUUUAUGAUCGUAAUAAGAAAUGGUAAAGAAGAGUAAAUGCAAAAAAAUAAAAAAUGAAAACUUAAAAAUCUAUGAUAUAAUUAAAAAAAGAAUCAAAAUCUCCAAAUUAAAAGGUUUGUAGACCAAAUUCCUCUGAAUUAAAUUGUUGGAUAAGAGGAAAAGAAUUAAAGAACUCUCAAUCGCCUCAAUAAAAUAAAUAAAAAUAAAAUAAGAUAUAGUAAUAAUUGGCAAAAAAAUUACGUUUUUGA